GCAAACAUAACCACACUUUUUUGUUUACAUAAUUUUAAAUUGAGAAAAUUUUCUAGGAAAAUGCCGAAAAAUCCUGAUGCUGAGAAGAACAAUCCGUGCUUGAAGGAACAGGAAUUGUCUUACAAAUGCCUCGAUAGAAACAACUAUGAGAGUGAAAAAUGUGAAGUUUAUUUCAAAAACUACAAGAAUUGCAAGGAAUUCUGGAACAAGGUGAAAACAGAGAGGAGGAGGAAAGGUAUUUAUCCGCACCUGCCUGAUGUCAGCGACCGGGAAGAGAUUAAGGCUGCCUAUAUGAAGACGAAAAAUCAAUAGAAACUAGAUUAAUUUGCGUUUUCCAGCUGUAUAUAGGUGUUUUAUUAACAAUAAAGGAGGAUAUUAUU